GCUCCGCCCACCCGGCCCCAGAGGCCCCGGCCCAGCCUGGCGGGGGAGGGUGGAGCUGGGUUUUCCUCCUGCGGCACCUCACCCGCGCUGCUCCUCCAACCUCUGCUCACCCAAAUAUUCACCCUUUGGGCCUCACCCUGGAUGAGCCCCCACACCCACUCUGGAGUCUGGAUCGCCGGGUAUAUGCCCACCUCCGGCCGCAGCCGUGGGACCAGCUAUGGGGUCUCCUAGAGCCGGGAGCCAGCAGCGGGUGAGAAGGCAGAGGAAGCGCUGGGAGCCCAGGUCUUGGCGUCCCCCUCAGAAGAUUGACCCCGAGGUGGCCGCCUUCCUGCAGAAGCUGCGGGGCAGGGUGCAGAUCGGCGUGGUGGGCGGCUCGGACUACUCCAAGAUCGCCGAGCAGCUGGGCGAGGGGGAUGAAGUCGUGGAGAAGUUCGAUUAUGUGUUUGCCGAGAACGGGACAGUGCAGUAUAAGCACGGACGACUGCUCUCCAAGCAGACCAUCCAGAGCCACCUGGGGGAGGAGCUGCUGCAGGACUUGAUCAACUUCUGCCUCCACUACAUGGCCCUGCUCAGACUGCCCAGGAAGCGCGGGACCUUCAUCGAGUUCCGGAACGGCAUGCUCAACAUCUCGCCCAUCGGCCGCAGCUGCACCCUGGAGGAGCGGAUCGAGUUCUCUGAGCUGGACAAGAAGGAGAAGAUCCGGGAGAAGUUCGUGGAAGCUCUGAAAACUGAGUUUGCCGGCAAAGGGCUGAGGUUUUCCCGAGGAGGCAUGAUAAGCUUCGACGUCUUCCCCGAGGGCUGGGACAAGCGCUGCUGCCUGGAUAGCCUGGACCAGGACAGCUUCGACACCAUCCACUUCUUCGGGAACGAGACCAGCCCUGGAGGGAACGACUUUGAGAUCUACGCCGACCCCCGGACCGUGGGCCACAGUGUGGUCUCACCCCAGGACACAGUGCGGCGAUGCCGUGAGAUCUUCUUCCCAGAGACGGCCCACGAGGCGUGACGGGGCCCACACCCCCGGGCUUCCAGAGGGCCGUGCCCUGGUGCGGGGCGUGUGCCAGGGCCUUCCUCCUCCCCCGACGCACCCCGAGUCUGGGUAGAUGACCGUCCCGGCAGCUGCUCCUACGCCCCACCUGCGUCCCACAGCCCCGGCUGCCGCCGCUGCUCACACUUCUGAACCGGCUUCCUCUGCACUGAGGCCUGCGUACGUGUGUGUGGGCGUCCUGUCCGCUGCCCAGGUGGGCGCGGCGUGGCGGGAGGGUGCGUGAGGUGAGAACUUGAUCUCACGGUAUUAAAGUCCCCAGAAAAAAG